GACCGGAAAUGGGUUUGACGCGCUAGUUGUGCAGACGGCGCUGUAGUUUUUUUAUUUUUUAUUUUAAAUACGGUUAAACUAGUGAAAACGACGAGACUUUCUAUUAAUUGAAUAUUGGUACCGACCUAUAAUCGAACUGGGUUAUCAUCUAUAAAGUUAUCUGCUUCUAUUUAGUUCUGCUUUGUAUUUUUUAAGAUUCUUUUUUUAAUCGUGUCCCGUGAGGGAGAAGCAGCGCGAGGCCGGGUGUGCGCGAGCUUCCUCCUGUUGCUAGCAGGUUAGCUUGCUCUCUAAAUUCUGAGGUAAUCUUUCACGUUGAGGGGUAAAAAGAAAUAAAAGACGAAAAAUGACCGAAUCGGACAAAUUAAACAUCGAUUCUAUCAUCCAGCGUCUUCUGGAAGUUAAAGGCUCCAGACCUGGUAAAAAUGUGCAGCUGACUGAGAAUGAAAUCCGCGGGCUGUGUCUUAAAUCCAGGGAGAUUUUCCUCAGCCAGCCCAUCCUUCUUGAGCUGGAGGCACCUCUGAAAAUUUGUGGUGAUGUACAUGGUCAGUACUACGACCUGCUCAGGCUGUUUGAGUAUGGAGGAUACCCCCCAGAGAGCAACUACCUGUUUUUGGGAGACUACGUGGAUAGAGGAAAGCAGUCUUUGGAGACUAUCUGUUUGUUGUUGGCCUACAAGAUUAAAUACCCAGAAAACUUUUUCCUGCUGAGAGGAAACCAUGAGUGUGCUUCCAUCAACAGGAUAUACGGCUUCUAUGACGAGUGUAAAAGACGCUACAACAUUAAACUGUGGAAGACCUUCACAGACUGCUUCAACUGCCUACCUGUGGCAGCUAUUGUCGAUGAAAAGAUUUUCUGCUGCCAUGGAGGCCUGUCUCCAGACUUGCAGUCAAUGGAGCAGAUCCGUCGUGUUAUGAGACCCACUGAUGUCCCGGAUCAGGGGCUGCUGUGUGACCUGCUGUGGGCUGACCCUGAUAAAGACGUGACAGGCUGGGGCGAAAAUGAUCGUGGUGUCUCUUUCACCUUCGGGGCUGAUAUUGUUGCCAAGUUCUUGAACAAACAUGACAUGGACCUCAUCUGCAGAGCGCAUCAGGUGGUGGAAGAUGGAUACGAAUUCUUUGCGAAGCGGCAGCUAGUGACACUCUUCUCAGCCCCAAACUACUGUGGCGAAUUUGACAACGCAGGCGCCAUGAUGAGCGUGGAUGAGACACUCAUGUGUUCCUUCCAGAUCUUGAAGCCUGCUGACAAGAAGACAGCAUAUAGCGGUGCUGGAGCGUUUGGAUACGGCCGACCUGUAACACCACCAAGAAACGCUGCCAAGGGAGGCAAAGCCAAGAAAUAACACAAACCCUCAUGCAACACACACCCACGCACACACACACUCUCCUUCUCCUGCUUCUUUCAGUCUACCUCUCCUUUGAUUCCUCGUCUUUCACAUUUCUUUCUUCUUGCUGCGAAUGUUUUUAUUUUAUUUUUUUAAAUUUGACCAAUCAUGAAUGCGCUAGUAUGUUUUAGUGUGUGUUUGCGUUUGUAGGGUGUCUGUCUAGGGGUAGUUUAAGAUCCCUUUAUUUUUACCUUCUAUCUCUUUUCUUCAUCAUAGAUGUAUAGAAAUAAACACAAGUCCCAUUUAGGGAUUUUUUUUUAAUUGGACCUAAGCAAUUUUUUCCCUCUUGAGUCUCAGGGUCCGACACACCUUUAUCUCCUGAAGCAAUCGCUCUACAUGUAUGUGCAUACGUGUGUGUCUGUGCAUAUGUACGUGUGCUUUAUCACUGCCACUCUUAAAUGUGAAGUGUGUAUGUUUCCUGUUUCAUCAGCAGACAGCGUGCUGAAAUUUAGGAAAAGAUUCGUGUGUGUUUUUUUUUUUUUUUUUUUUUUUAUUCUUCAGCUUAAAACUCGCAUAGACGGGCCGGGACAAAAUUGACCCAUUUGUACAAAAUAUCUUUUUGGUAUUCUCACGUUUUUCUUCACAUAUACUUCCUUUACUGAUGUGAGCAAUGAGCUUUAAUGUCUCUUUAAGUAGGGAUCUUUUCAACCUCAUAUGCUAGAUUUGUACAGCACGUUUACUUGAAUAAGAAAAUCUCUUCAUUGUUUUGUAGUUAUUCAUGAACUUGGACAAUAAAGUGAGAAUCUUACAAGAAAUAA